GGCCGGAGGAGGGGAGCGGGCCGGGACGAAGCCCUGGGCCGGGAGGGCUGCGGCCACCGGAAGAGUCGCGGUCACCAGUCCAGUGGGGAGAGUGGGGAGCGGAAGCGGCGGCCGCGGCGGCGGCGGGCGGCGCUGGGACCCGGGAGCGGCGGGAGAACAAGGGAGCUGGCGCCGCCGGCAGCCGCCGAGCUGGGUUGAGCCGCUGGGCCGCGCCGCGCGCCGCCGCCGUCUGGGAGGCUCGGCCCGGCCGCCCGAGCAGGCCGCGCGCGGGCCGCCGGGCCCGAGGCCGGAGCCAUGGGCGAGACCAAGAUCAUCUACCACUUGGAUGGGCAGGAGACACCGUACCUUGUGAAGCUGCCCCUGCCCGCCGAGCGCGUCACCUUGGCAGACUUUAAGGGCGUUUUGCAGCGACCCAGCUAUAAGUUCUUCUUCAAGUCUAUGGACGACGAUUUCGGAGUGGUGAAGGAGGAGAUCUCGGAUGACAAUGCCAAGCUACCAUGCUUCAAUGGCCGGGUGGUGUCCUGGCUGGUGUCAGCUGAAGGCUCACACCCAGACCCAGCCCCCUUCUGUGCUGACAACCCAUCGGAGCUGCCACCACCUAUGGAGCGCACGGGAGGCAUUGGGGACUCCCGACCCCCAUCCUUCCACCCUCAUGCUGGUGGGGGCAGCCAGGAGAACCUGGACAAUGACACAGAGACGGACUCUUUGGUGUCUGCCCAGCGAGAACGGCCACGCCGGAGGGAUGGCCCAGAGCAUGCAACCCGGCUAAAUGGAACUGCGAAGGGGGAACGGCGGCGAGAACCAGGGGGUUAUGAUAGCUCAUCCACCCUUAUGAGCAGCGAGCUGGAGACCACCAGCUUCUUUGACUCAGAUGAGGAUGACUCCACCAGCAGGUUCAGCAGCUCCACAGAACAGAGCAGCGCCUCACGCCUGAUGAGAAGACACAAGCGGCGGCGGCGGAAGCAGAAGGUUUCUCGGAUUGAGCGGUCUUCAUCCUUCAGCAGCAUCACGGACUCCACCAUGUCACUCAACAUCAUCACGGUCACUCUCAACAUGGAAAAAUAUAACUUCUUGGGCAUCUCCAUUGUGGGCCAAAGCAACGAGCGUGGUGACGGCGGCAUCUACAUUGGCUCUAUCAUGAAGGGUGGGGCCGUGGCUGCUGAUGGACGCAUCGAGCCAGGAGAUAUGCUGUUACAGGUAAACGAGAUCAACUUUGAGAACAUGAGUAAUGACGAUGCAGUCCGGGUACUGCGGGAGAUUGUGCACAAACCGGGGCCCAUCACCCUGACUGUAGCCAAGUGCUGGGACCCAAGUCCACGUGGUUGCUUCACAUUGCCCAGGAGCGAGCCCAUCCGGCCCAUUGACCCUGCAGCCUGGGUCUCCCACACUGCAGCCAUGACCGGCACCUUCCCUGCAUACGGCAUGAGCCCCUCCCUGAGCACCAUCACCUCCACCAGCUCCUCCAUCACCAGUUCCAUCCCUGACACAGAGCGCCUAGACGACUUCCACUUGUCCAUCCACAGUGACAUGGCUGCCAUCGUAAAAGCCAUGGCCUCCCCUGAAUCAGGGUUGGAGGUCCGUGACCGCAUGUGGCUCAAGAUUACCAUCCCUAAUGCUUUCAUCGGCUCAGAUGUGGUGGACUGGCUGUACCACAAUGUGGAAGGCUUCACGGACCGGAGGGAGGCCCGCAAGUAUGCCAGCAACCUGCUGAAAGCUGGCUUCAUCCGCCAUACCGUCAACAAGAUCACCUUCUCCGAGCAGUGCUACUACAUCUUCGGCGACCUCUGCGGCAACAUGGCCAACCUGGCUCUCCACGAUCACGACGGCUCCAGUGGCGCCUCUGACCAGGACACACUGGCCCCUUUGCCGCACCCGGGGGCCGCCCCUUGGCCCAUGGCUUUCCCAUACCAGUACCCGCCACCCCCGCACCCCUACAACCCGCACCCGGGCUUCCCGGAGCUGGGCUACAGCUACGGCGGGGGCAGCGCCAGCAGUCAGCACAGCGAAGGCAGUCGGAGCAGUGGCUCCAACCGUAGCGGCAGCGAUCGGAGGAAGGAGAAGGACCCGAAGGCCGGGGACUCCAAGUCCGGGGGCAGCGGCAGCGAAUCGGACCACACCACACGCAGCAGCCUGCGGGGGCCGCGGGAGCGGGCGCCCAGCGAGCGCUCAGGGCCGGCGGCCAGCGAGCACAGUCACCGCAGCCACCAUUCCCUGGCCAGCAGCCUUCGCAGCCACCACACACACGCGAGCUACGGCCCUCCCGGAGUGCCCCCUCUCUACGGCCCCCCCAUGCUGAUGAUGCCCCCGCCGCCCGCGGCCAUGGGGCCCCCAGGAGCCCCUCCGGGCCGCGACCUGGCCUCAGUGCCCCCGGAACUGACCGCCAGCAGACAGUCCUUCCGCAUGGCCAUGGGAAACCCCACCAAGAAUUUCGGGCUGUUUGACUUUCUGUGAGGCCCCAGCGAGGGGAGGCCCAGCCUCCGAGGAGACCAGGAACCCUGCUUCAGCAGCCCCUCAGGGCUUCCCGAGGAUGUCCAGCCCCCACACCCACACGUUAACAUAAUGAGUCACUAGGCUUCUGGGGAGGGCCCAGCUUCACCCAUGCAUGAGAGACUCUCCUCCUUUCCAGAGAGAAUCAGAUCGCAUCACAUGUGGCAGCCUGCGGCGGGGGGAGGGGGACCUCUUUAGCUCUCUUUAUCUUUCUCUCUCACUCAUGUAUGCAUACAUGCACAGAGAUGCACGCACAGGUGCCUAUGCAAGUUCACUUAAGCCUCAGGGCUGGUCCCUGCCCAAAGGGCUGGACCCUCCUAAUCCUCUCCUAGGUUGUGGGGCUGGUCCCCUGACACCCUUCUCCCCUUCCUGGUAGACCUUAAACCUCGCAUACAUGUCCCCAGCAUUUUCUCACCUGGAUAAAGCCCGUAAGCUGGGUCUCAGGCUGGUCUCAGCAAAGGACUCGCCCUGCGACCGACAGGCCAUUCCCACCCCCACACACAACCUCCCCUGUUUUCACAUUCACCAUGGCACCCCAGAGCAAGGACACAGAAGCCCACAGGCCAGUUGAGGUUGGGCAAGGAGACUUCCAGGACUUCCAGACGGAGUACCAGGUUUUAUUUUUCACCUUAUUCUCCACUUUAAACAAAUCAUGACUUUCUCUUUAAGCCUCUGCUAUAAAUUCUCCUGGCUCUCCUGGACUUCCAUAUUUUGGGGGCUGGGGUGUCAAAAGUGAGAUGAAGUCCUUAGCUCCAGGUUUUGGGGUAAACCAAGGUAGGGACAUUUUGGCAUUUAUUUCAAUUAAUAAUACUUCCUUGGACAGGUGCGGUGGCUCACGUCUGUAAUCCUAGCACUUUGGGAGGCUGAGGCAGGUGGAUCACUUGAGGUCAGGAGUUCGAGACCAGCCUGGCCAACAUAGCAAAACCCUGUCUCUACUAAAAAUACAAAAAUUAGAUGGGUGUUUUGGCACCUGCGUGUAAUCUCAGCUACUCAGGAGGCUGAGGCACAAGAAUCGCUUGAAUCCAAGAAGCAAGCGGAGGUUGCAGUGAGUUGAGAUCGCACCCCAGCCUGGGUGACAGAGUGAAAUUCUGUCUCAAAAGCAAACUAACAAAGAAAAACAAUACUUCCUGGGGUUUUGGUGUGCAGAGGGCUUUGUUGGAAGUGUGACUCAGUCUUGCCUGCCUUCUGGGAGCUCUAGAAUUGUUCCCAACCCAGUCCAUGGCUUCUAGCCACCACUACAGGGCUGUUUCAUGUAUUUCUCUCUCUGACUCUGUCUUGUCUGACUCUCUUGAGAGUUUCUCCACGAUUGCUCAUACCUGUCAGUAUCAGUGCUUCCAUCAUUCCAUCUUUGAUUCACUUCUCUUUCCUUUCUAUUUACUCCCAAAAUGGAGUCAUUCAUCCUGAUGUCCUCAACUGCUGCUGAUAUGCUGGUGAUUCCCAAAUACAUAGCUCCAACCCCAACUUCCCCCAGACUUUAGAUCUGUAUUGGUAUUACCUACUGGACAUCUCUAUGGACAGUUCCAUAUAGACUCAACUCAUCUGCCCAACCAAGUAUGUUCCUCCUGAAUUCCUAUCCUGGUUACCUUCAUCACAAUCUACAUAGGCUCACCAGCUAGAAACAUUUAUGAGCUUACAUCCCUUCUUCCCAUAUCUUAACUCAUCAGCAUAUCAUAUCCAUUUCACUCCAACACUCUGUCUUGAAUUUGGCCCUCCCUCUCCCCUCUCUCUCUACUUUAAUUCACUGGAGCAUGGGAUUUGGAGUCAGGUGGUUUUGGGUUUGAAUUCCAGCUCUACUAUUUUCGGUUGUGUGAUAGAGUUAUUUAACCUCUCUGAGCCUCAGUUCCCUCGUAUGUAAAAUGAUGAUAAUAAUACCUACCUCACAGGGUUGUUGUGAGGAUUUAAAUUAGAUAUUGUACGAAAAGUGCCUAGCACAGUGCCUGGCACACAGUAGAGUAGGUGCUCAAUAAAUGGUAGCUAUUAUUAUUA